CCAAAACAAAUAAGAGACUGGCGUAGCAAAAAAAAUAAGUUGAUGAAUGUUUCACCCCAUAUCAAACGAAUGAACAAAGGAAAGCGACCAAAGUACCCUGAAUUAGAAAAUGAAGUUUAUAAGUGGGUGCAAGAAUUACGUCAUAAGCAAAAACCUGUGCGAAAUUACUAUAAUGAGUGGAUGGCUGAUGAAGUUCAUACCUUUACCAAAAAAGGCCGUAUUAAACGUCCUGCAUACAAUUUAAUUGCUCAAUGGGUACUUGAUGCCUGGAAUAACAUAGAUCCUACUCUUAUCC